AUGUCAAAUACCAUUUUAAACGAUGUUACAAAUUAUUCAAACAAAAAAAAUAUUUUUCCUAAUGUCACAAAUGAAAAAAUUGGUAUAGCAACUUUAACUUCAAAAAGUUAUGAAAGUGCAAAUAAGGGUUUCAUAUCAGAAACCAAUUUGGCUUCAAAUGAUAAAGACUCUGUUCGAGUAGAAGUAAAAUGUGCUCUCAACACUUUAGAGGGUUCUAAUGCCGAUUCAGGCAGGGAUGUGGAUUCAUUGCAUCCGAAUGCAUUGUUACCAAUAUCAAUGCUGGCAAAUCCAAAAUAUUUCACGUCUUAUAUAAACAAAUAUGUAAAACCAAAAUCUGCGCAAUCCAAAGUAAACCCUGUUAUCGUUAAAACUGCCAAAACAAUUUUGAACAAAUCAAAAGCUAAUAAGCAAUCAGAAAGUAAACCUAAACGAAACGUUAUGUCUAAACGGGAAAAUUGUCAGAAAGAGAUAAACAAUAUGUCAAAAGUAAUCAAAAAUAAGGUAUCUGAAAAAAAUGCAGUAAAGUGUGAUUUAAAAGAUAUAAAGCAAAAUGUGAUUAAGAAAACCGGAACUAAGCAACGCGUAAUGCUUACUUGUAAGACAGUACCCACGGACGUAACCCAUUCCAAAGGCGAAGCUGUGGUUCUACAAAAUUAAUAUUUUGCGUAACACAAGGGGAUGGGAAAUUUAAAAAAAAUAACUAAUC